AUGACUUCUACCGGUGUUUGGAUAGCUUCCUUCGUUGUGUUCUAUUAUAUUGCAGGCAGGCUAUACAAAUCAUACAGAUAUUCCGCGAAAUCACGCCACUUCAACUGUGAAGAACCAGUAACGCAUGAAGCGGUCAGUCGCUGGCCUUUCGGUCUUGACCUCUUCAAGAGAAUAUUGGAUGCUGAGCUAGGGAAAUACUUCCCAAACUUCCUUCAAGGCAAUGUCGAACGUUAUGGCAACACAUUCAGAUAUCAUGUCAUGGGCUCGUCGACUGUUUUUACUAUAGAUCCUAGGAACAUUAAAGCCACUCUCGCGACACAAUUCGACGAUUUUCAAAUCCCACAAAUGAGUCAGCUUCUCAAACUACCAGGAAAUCACGACAAAGUCGACGACACCGGAAUAGACUUCGCAGCUGAAUUCGACAACGCUCUAUCUUGGACAUCUCUUCGGUGCCGUUUCGCUGAUAAAUACUGGCUGGUCACCAGCAAAGGCUUUACCAAUUCUUGCAACAGAUUAAACGAGUACGUGGAUCAUUUUGUCCAGCUCGCUCUCACCAGAAACUCGCUAGGCAAACCUCAGGAUGAAGACGACGUAUCCGGUGCCAAGGAAAAGUACAUUUACCUGGAUGCUCUUGCAAAAGAAACUUAUGAUCCUGUUGACCUUCGCUCUCAAUGUCUACAUUUGCUUUUGGCAGGCAGAGACACCACCGCCUCGUUAUUAGGAUGGUUGUUUCUCUGCCUUGCUCAAAAUCCCACGUAUUACCAAAAGCUUCGCAAAAUUGUUAUCGAAAACUUCGGAACGUACGAAAAUCCUUCUGAAAUUACCUUUUCCGACCUCAAACGUUGCAGAGACCUCCAGUAUUACUUGAAUGAAGCUUUGCGACUUUAUCCACCGGUGCCUCACGAUGUUAGAGAAGCGAGCAAAGAUACAACCCUGCCUUUUGGCGGCGGAAAGGAUGGGAACUCAAAAGUUUUCGUCCCCAAAGGGACAGUGAUUGAAUAUAGCGUUUAUGUCAUGCAUCGAAGAAAGGAAAUAUGGGGUGAUGAUGCCGAUGAAUUCCGACCAGAGAGGUGGGAGGGGAAGAAAGUUGGCUGGGAAUUUUUACCUUUUAAUGGCGGCGCAAGGGUUUGUAUUGGACAGCAAUUUGCGCUGAAUGAAGCUGGAUAUGUUACUGUAAGGCUUCUUCAGCGGUUCGAUAUGAUUGAGAACAUGGAGACAGACCCAGUGAUUAAGCAUGACUAUAAACUCACGGACGCCUCCGCCAACGGUGUGAAAGUCAAGCUUCAUAUUCCCACUGCAUAA